CGCAAUCAAGCCUGCAAAGUACUAAUGUUGUUGGCUUCUUUGCAAGACUCGUAUUAUCACUUUGAAGAAAUUCGAGGAACGCACAAAAAUUAAUUCAAUCACGUAGGGGAUAAUUUACUCGUACACUACGGAGAUAAUUAGUGUUUCUUCUACCUGUGAGACAGAUAUGCAUUGGGUGAAUUAUCUCUCAGCAGCUGCGUUUUGCAUGAUAUUGAUAAACGAAACUGCCGCUAUAAGUCCGUCCAUAGUAAAAAUAAAAAUAUUCAACAUAAAAAAGAAUCAAAGACGUAUCUUCAUUCAAAAGUGCUGUUCAAGUAGCAUUAAAAAAUGCGAGGAGAAAAAAGUUACGAAAAACUCAACUACAACAAAGAGAACUUCUGUCUCCAUCAAAGAGGCAACAACGACAUUUUUAGAAACUUCAACAGAUCUGUUUCUGCAAUCAACAGAAAAAGCAUCUCAAGCCCCAGAUACAAGUUCAGAACCAACGAGUGAAGCUACUACUCAACCAACUAUGGAGACACCACUGGUUGAAGUGAUCUCCACGACAACCCCAGAACUAACCAGCAGUGGAACUUUAUCUGUGACGCAAACAUCAACAUCUUUUGCACCUCCCAUCUCCACGACCAGUACGACCACCACCACUACAUUGCCUAUUACUGUGUACAACAACCGGAACCACAACCACCACACUAACAACCACAACAACAACUACAACAACAACUACAACAACCACAACAACAACUACAACAACCACUACAACAACCACAACAACCACAACAACAACCACGUUGCCACCGUGUCUACCCUUUACAUGCAAUCCUGA